AUGACUCUUGACCAGCGAGCACAAGCCUGGGACGAGCUGGCGCUGCAGUCGUACCAAGUCCGUUUGCUCAGGAAGGAAGAGGAUCGCUUCCCUGCAUUGUCCGGCUUGGCACAGAUAUUCCAGACCGACGGCUUCGGGAAGCAAUUCAAGGCAAGUCUUGAAGGCUUGGACUGUACCUUGGUCAGUGCUGAUCCGUAUGGCGCGAUCAAGGACGCGUUCCUUACACUCAUGUCUCCAGCACUGGACGGCGUCCUAUCUACAGAUGGUCACAACAGUGAUACGAUGAUUUGGUUCAACAACGAGGUGGAUGCUUUCUUCGUCAAAGACUCCGACGACGGCGUAUUGUUUGGUGUGAAGGUCAAAUGUGCGUUUCUUCGUGGACUAGCCGCCGGACCGGCGGAGAGAUACAUAGAAGCGCUGGUCCUCGUCCAGCUUCCAGACCAAGACUGUUUCCAGCGAAUCGGUAUCGCAUAUCUCACGAAACCAUCUCUUCCGCAUCUGGAGACUCUGCGGCUGGAAAAUGAGAGGAUCACAAUCGUCUGA